AUGCAAGAGCAAGAACAACCCCAAACCAAGGUCCUCACCACCCCUGAACUCCUCGAGAUCAUCCUCCUUCACCUCGACACCCGCACCCUCCUCGUCUCGGCCCAGCAGGUAUGCCAAUCCUGGACAGUCUUAAUCCAGAGCUCGCCCGCUAUCCAACAAGCGCUCUUCUUCCAACCAUUCACCCCAAAUCUCAAAAAGGGCAAAUGGCACUCAAAACCAAUCUGGAACUCUAUCCUUCCAUCACCCUUAAAAAAAGACACAAAACUAAACCAAGGAAACAUAAACGAAUACGAAUCCUCAUACAAACGCCCUAUCUACAAUCCGCUCUUAGUACAAGCCUUCCGGCCCUUCUUCCCGUCAGACUAUGAAUUAACCCUUAUCCACGACAACGAAGAAAAGGCAACUGAAACUGAAUAUAAAGGGAAAGAGCAAGAGAAGGAGAACCCUUUCUCUUUCAAACCCUUCGACAUGCUCUCAUCCCCUCAAAAGAAAUCUGCCUACGAGAGAAAAGAAGCCAGCUGGCGAAAGAUGCUCCUCCGCCAGCCACCCGUAUACGGAGGCGUCACCAUCUUCAAAAUGCACCAUGCAAUGGGCGGGGACUCGUAUAAUUGUUAUAAGGCCCCCGAAACAACCCCUAAGACCAACCAAGAAGAAACUCUAAAAAUGGGCCACUUAUUCACGAUCUUAACACAAAAUCCCGAGCUCUACUUCGGCCGCUUCGGUCAAACGCGCGUCUACUGGUCCGCUCACGUCCCGCCCUACGAGCCUAGCCCCGACGGCCGGGGUGGUGACAAAUACCCACCGCAAGAUGGGUCGUACGACUCGAGGGUGAAAAACGCAUUUGCAAAGGCAAUCGAGAAUUCCGAGGUUGUCGUAUUCUCGAGGGAGGUGAUUCAGUGCUGUAUUUGGGAGAAGAGGGAGUUGACCGAGGAGGAGAAUUUGCGAAAGGAGAUUGCUAAGGCUGAAGCUGGAGGGUCUAAAGGGGCAGAGGAAUGA